AUGCCUAAAAACUUGCAUGGUACUUUUCCAUCAAAACAGAUAUCUCCGGCUCUAGUCCAUGCUGUUACACUCAGUGUUGAUGUUAGAACUGAUCAUGUGCAGAAAGUUACCGAGACUCAGGAAAUUGAUUUGACGACUCCUUGGGCUGCCUCUUCACGCAUGGCCAAUAGGUGUGUGCUUGAUAACAAAUCAUCUUCGUCCCUUACUUCUGUGGCCACAGAUUUAGGAUUGGGAACGUUAUAUACAUCAACGCCAAAUGCUUGCAAGCCAGAUACCACAAGGUUUCAAGAUAAAAUAAAGCAUUUUGAGUGCGUGCCAGAUUCUGCUUCAGCUGACUCUGUUGCUAUCCAGGGAAAUACAUCACACCAGAUUGCUAGAUCUUCCUGCUCUUGUGAGAGAAUUGGAACAGUUACAUGUUUCAGAAGAGAGACCCGUACCAUCGUUUUUCUUAUGUCCAAUACUUCAGGAAAUAAUGCAUGA